AUAGACGCGACAUGAGCUACUCUUUUUGUCUCUCUUUGGCCCAUGGAUGCUUGAUUGCUUGCACCUUCUCUAGUUUUGACGACCGACCGAACAGGUGACAGAGUGGCGCCGAGUUGAAACUGCGGUGGCAAUAUGGAGGCGGCGACAUUUAGUGGUGCUUCACCUCUCCGAGCCUUUGGAAGCUCUUCUUCUGCUUCUUCUUCUUCAUGCUACGGUUCUUAUUCCCAAACUCAAAUGUUGCUGCACAAUAAGCUUAACAGUAACGGACUCAAAUUCAAAGUUCCCAGAAGCUUUUCGGUUCGCGCCUCUUCUUCCAGUGAUCGAAAUUCGGUGGUUACUCUGCUCGACUAUGGUGCCGGAAAUGUCCGAAGUUUAAGGAAUGCAAUUCAAUUCCUUGGUUUUGAUAUUAAAGAUGUACAAACACCUGAGGACAUUAUCAAUGCAAAAUGCCUAAUUUUCCCUGGAGUAGGUGCCUUUGCUGCUGCUAUGGAUGUGCUAAGCAAGAAUGGAAUGGAUGAAGCACUCUCCAGAUAUGUUGAACAAGAUCGACCAUUUCUGGGCAUUUGUCUUGGCUUGCAACUGCUUUUUGAAUCAAGUGAUGAAAAUGGUCCAGUAAAAGGUCUUGGUUUAAUCCCUGGAGUAGUUGGGCGCUUUGAUUCAUCUAAAGGGAUCAGAGUACCUCAUAUUGGAUGGGAUGCACUGGAAAUAACAAAAGACUCAGAGAUCUUGGAUGAAGUUGGAAAUCAACAUGUCUAUUUUGUUCAUUCAUAUCGAGCAAUGCCUUCAGACGCUAAUCAAGAGUGGGUAUCAUCUACUUGCAAGUAUGGUGACAAUUUCAUAGCUUCUAUCAGAAGGGGAAACGUCCAUGCUGUUCAGUUUCAUCCUGAGAAGAGUGGGGAUGUUGGCCUUUCUAUCUUGGAUAGGUUUUUGAAACCAGGGUCCAAAAGAACCCAGAAGCUAGUCCAAGGAAAGGCUGGUAAACUUGCAAAGAGGGUUAUUGCUUGUCUUGAUGUCCGGAGCAAUGACAAUGGUGAUCUUGUUGUAACUAAAGGUGACCAGUAUGAUGUAAGAGAGGACACAAAAGAAAACGGGGUGAGAAACCUUGGUAAGCCAGUAGAUCUUGCUGCACAGUAUUACAAGGAUGGAGCUGAUGAGAUCAGCUUUUUGAAUAUUACUGGUUUCCGAGACUUCCCUCUUGGUGAUCUACCAAUGUUGCAGGUAUUGAGGUAUACAUCAGAGAAUGUUUUUGUGCCUUUAACUGUUGGAGGAGGUAUUAGAGACUUCACUGAUGGAAACGGCAGGUACUACUCUAGCUUGGAAGUUGCAGCUGAGUAUUUCAGAUCUGGUGCUGACAAGAUUUCUAUAGGGAGUGACGCAGUAUACGCUGCUGAAGAAUAUCUAAAAAAUGGGGUAAAAACUGGAAAAAGCAGCCUGGAGCAGAUUUCAAGAGUGUAUGGGAAUCAGGCAGUGGUUGUCAGUAUAGAUCCCCGCAAGGUGUAUUUGAAGGAUCCACAAGAUGUGGAAUUCAAGGCCAUCAAAGUGAGGAACCCAGGUCCAAAUGGUGAAGAAUAUGCUUGGUACCAAUGCACAGUGAAUGGGGGACGAGAAAGUCGAGCAAUUGGAGCAUUUGAGCUUGCAAAAGCUGUUGAAGAAUUGGGUGCUGGUGAAAUACUGUUAAACUGCAUAGACUGUGAUGGUCAAGGAAAGGGUUUUGAUAUAGAUCUUAUAAAGUUAAUAUCAGAUGCUGUAAGCAUCCCGGUGAUUGCAAGCAGUGGCGCUGGAGCAGCUGAGCACUUCUCAGAAGUUUUCAAAGAAACAAAUGCUUCUGCUGCCCUUGCUGCCGGCAUUUUCCACCGAAAGGAGGUCCCUAUCCCGUCUGUCAAAGAACACCUAAUGAAGGAAGGUAUAGAAGUUAGAAUGUAAUUUUGUUUUUCUCAUUUAAGGUAAUUGGUAGCAACCAUAACUGAGUAAGUGUUGUUCCGGAGAUUUGAGCAAAAUUAUGGAUUCAAUGGAGUUUGUUGUUUGUUCCAGACAUCCAUUUUCAAGGCACCAAGUUUUACAAAGCAUCUAUACUCACCCUCCCUCUUAGGGCUUUUCUCUAUUUUCAGCAUAUUGUAUGAGUUUUGUCCUAGAUUAUUCAUGAUUACAAAUAAA